CCAUCAGAAAAAAAAAAAGGGUCAAUAAAAAACACACGACGGGAUGAAAACGGGGCAAAUCGAAGAAACCCUCUCUCUUUCUCGCCAUCGGUGAAACGUCUCGGAUCGAUCGCGUGGGAGAGGACGGAACCCUAACUCUAGGUGUUUGAUUCCGGCCUAUUCACCUCUUUUUUCAAUUUUUUUUUUCUGAUGAAGGAUUCGGUGAAAUCGCUCCUGCCUGAUUGAUCGUGGAUUUGGGUCGAGUCCACGCUAAUGGACGUGGACUGCCGAGUACCCAGAUACUCAGGAGGCAUAAUUCUAAUGACAUGACUACCAAGAAAAAACCAGAUCUUGCAAGGCAAUUGGAGGGACAUUUAUUCAAGGAUGCUGCUUCAAAGGGAGACUCUAUGAGUAUGGUGAUGGGGACGAGUGAGCAGCAUUUGCAGGCUAUGUUAGAGAAUAUUCCUAACAGUAAUCAGCCAUUGACGCAUCAUAUAUCAUCUUCCUCAGCCAUUAGUACUAUGAUACCAACACCUGGUUUGUCCCAUGGUGGAAGCACAAACUCGGUAGUUUCUGUUUCUGCUGAUGGUUCUAUGAUUCCUACAGUUAGUGCUGGUAUUGUGGCACGAACCACAGUCAACAUGGGAACGUUGGUACCUCUUGCAAAUGGAUCAGCUGGUUUAAAACACAAUCCUUCGCUGAAUGCUGUCAAUGGGCCCAGUCUCAAUGUGUACCAGCCUGCCAAUUCUGCUGUUGGGUCUGGUGGUGGAAAUAGUAUACUAUCAUCGAUUGGCAUAGCAGAACAAUCAAGUCAGCUGAUUCCAACUCCUGGUUUUAAUAAUUCAGUACCACUUGUUAGUUCUGAUUAUUCAAAUGGAGGUGCAUUUUCUAGAACCCGAUCUACUGCUCUCUCAAACCCACAAAGACCAAAACAGUAUAUUGUAAGUCAAAAUAGCCAUGCACUGCAUAGUCCUGGAGGCCAAAUAGGAGCUGGAAUGGGUUUCAACAUUCAGCACAAGCCUUCUCUUCAUAGAUUUCCAAAUGUGGUCAUGGUUGGUGGGUUAGGGUCUGAGAGUAACAUGCAACUGGUGAAUGGUGCUGCAGCAUCUGAGAGGUACCGAAGUACUGCUUCUUAUGGUAGCUCUACACAGCAGCAUUUUGAUGAGCAAUUUCAGCGACCCAUGAUAUCAACAUCAUCAUCUCAACAGAUGCUACCUAUGACUGGUGAUGGAUAUACAUCAGUUUCAGAAAACAUGCUUGCAACUGCUUCAUCUGCCGGCUCUACCAUGAAUGACCAAAAUAUGAACCCCACAGUCUUGUCGUCUAAAUUAAAAACAAACAGAGCACUGCUUGCUCAACAUGCAAAUUUGCAGUCAAUGCAACAGACUGCACAAAUAAAGCCUCAACUUUUUUAUCGUUCACAGAAGAUGAAUUCCCAGUCUCCUCUAUCAAGUUCUGAAAAUAAAAUGCAAUCACAACAUCAAAUACAAAGCUUUAAUCACCUUCAGCUCCAACAACAGUCUAACCAACAUUAUGCAAGGAUUGCUCAAAACCAGCAGCAACAACAGAGGCAGCAGCACCAGCAACUUAUUUCAAAGACUGAUGGGUCAAAGCAGUCUUCAGUGACUCCUAAUCUUGAACAACAGCUUAUGGCAGAGCAAGGUCUUGAUUACCAUAAUGAAUCUCUGCUCCAGCAAGGUGCUGAACAGUUCAAUUUUUCAGACCUAGGAAGUCAGUACAGUCAGAACAAUUCUAAUGGUGAUUACUCUAGAGGUGCUGAACUGAUUGCUCCUUUAGCUCAGGAUUUCCAUCCCUCCUUUUCACAGGCUUCAGAACUGCUGCUGCCUCCACAUCAGCAGGCUAUUGGAUCUGAAAAUGAGUUUAGUUACCUCUUUAGUGGACCACAAGUUGAUGCUUUCCAGCAUGGUAAUUGGCAACCUCAACCAAUACAGAAACUUCAAAUGCCAGAUAAAUCAUCCUUUGGACAGCUUAUGUUGGAGGAAUUUCACCAGAGAAUAACAGAACAGGAGGAAGCUCAACAAUCUUGUUUCUCUCCGGAGGGUUGUACAAAUGGUCAUGCUGCUGUUACCAAAAGUGUGGCAUCGUCAAAAUCUUCAAGUGGGCCCUAUCGUGGUCCUGGAAACAAUACAAAUGAACAAAAUUAUUACAACCAGCGGAGGUGGAUUUUGCUUUUGCUGCAUGCUCGUCAAUGUUCGGCUCCAAAGGGAGCAUGCCAAGAAGUCAACUGUAUAAUAGUUCAGAAGCUAUGGAUUCAUAUGAGAACAUGUAAUAGUGAAAAAUGCAAUUACUCUCGCUGUUGUAAAUCUAGAAAACUUUAUCAGCAUUACCGUGUUUGCCGUGCAGCAGAUUGUCCUGUCUGUAUUCCUGUACGGGAUUUUAUAGCAGCCAAAUGUAAGACCCAAAGUUGUCCUCCAUCUGAUACUGAUUUUGCAAAUCAGGUGAAUGACUCAUGGAGAACUUCUAAUGAAGCAGGUGGAGAUACGGUGGUGUGUAAAAUGCAUAGAUUGCCCAUUGAAACUUCUGAUGAUUCACUGUCUUUGUCAAAACGUGUGAAGGUGUAUCACAAUUCCCCCUCAGUUGUACCCAAGAGGGAAAAUUCUCCAGUACCUGCCCCUCUUAUGAAUCAUUCUCAUGCUUUCAGGGAGGAUCAUUUUCAAGAGUGCCAACAAACUGAGAUAACCAUAACUGCUAAGUCUGAGGUCAAUGAAGUGAAGCCCAACUUAUUCAUAAGUUCUGGACGACAAAAUUCUCCUAUUUGUAGCAACACAAUCAGUGAUGAUUCAGUGAAUGUGCAUGUUGCAAGACCUGAUGCUGAAGGUCUUCUCCAAAAUGGAGUUGAUGGUUGUGCCAACCAAGAAUCAACUCUGGCUGAGAAAGAGAUCAACCAGGAUAAGAUGGAAGCUGAAAAGGAAGCAAAUGCCCCACCAACUGACUCUGGAGGUGGAAGUAAAUCAGGGAAACCAAAGAUAAAAGGUGUAUCUCUGACAGAAUUGUUCACCCCAGAGCAGAUUAGAGACCACAUAACCAGUCUGAGGAAAUGGGUUGGCCAGGGUAGAGCCAAGGCUGAAAAGAAUCAAGCAAUGGAACAUUCAAUGAGUGAAAACUCAUGUCAGUUAUGUGCAGUGGAAAAGCUCUCUUUUGGGCCCCCUCCAAUAUAUUGCACGCCGUGUGGUGCUCGCAUUAAGAGGAAUGCAAUGUAUUAUACCAUGGGAAGUGGUGAUACUCGGCACUGCUUCUGUGUCCCAUGUUAUAAUGACGCUCGUGGGGACACUGUUGAGAUAGAGGGCACUGCAUACCCAAAGGCCAGGCUUGAAAAGAAGAGAAAUGAUGAGGAAACUGAAGAAUGGUGGGUUCAAUGUGAUAAAUGUGAGGCCUGGCAACAUCAAAUAUGUGCUCUUUUUAAUGGACGAAGAAAUGAUGGUGGACAAGCAGAAUAUACUUGCCCUAAUUGUUAUAUAGAGGAGAUAGAGAAAGGAGAACGCAAGCCUUUGCCACAAAGUGCUGUUCUUGGUGCAAUAGAUUUGCCAAGAACUAUUCUUAGUGAUCACAUGGAGCAGCGACUUUUUAGACGACUCAAGCAGGAGAGGCAAGACAGAGCAAGGCAUCUGGGAAAAACUUUUGAUGAGGUACCUGGGGCAGAAGGACUCGUGAUUAGAGUUGUUUCAUCGGUUGACAAAAAAUUGGAAGUAAAGCAGCAUUUUUUAGAGAUUUUUCAGGAAGAAAAUUAUCCGACAGAAUUCCCAUACAAAUCUAAGGUCAUAUUGUUGUUUCAGAAGAUUGAAGGUGUAGAGGUAUGCCUGUUUGGCAUGUAUGUCCAAGAAUUUGGUUCGGAAUGCCAGUUUCCUAACCAACGUCGUGUCUAUCUCUCAUAUCUGGAUUCUGUCAAAUACUUCAGGCCUGAAAUAAAAACGGUGACUGGGGAAGCUCUACGUACCUUUGUAUAUCAUGAAAUCCUGAUUGGAUAUCUCGAGUACUGCAAGAAACGCGGUUUCAGUAGUUGCUAUAUAUGGGCUUGUCCUCCUUUGAAGGGUGAAGACUAUAUCUUAUAUUGCCACCCUGAGAUUCAGAAGACACCAAAAUCUGACAAACUCCGUGAGUGGUAUUUAUUGAUGCUUCGGAAAGCUGCCAAGGAAAGCAUAGUUGUUGAUGUCACUAAUUUAUAUGAUCAUUUCUUUGUAACUGCUGGUGAGUGCAAGACUAAGGUAACUGCUGCUCGUUUGCCAUAUUUCGAUGGCGACUAUUGGCCUGGUGCUGCAGAGGAUAUGAUCAGUCAACUUCGCCAAGAAGAGGAUGGAAAAAAGCAGCAGAAGAAGGGAAAGACUAAAUUGACUAUAACAAAAAGGGCACUAAAAGCUGCUGGUCAAGCUGAUCUUUCUACCAAUGCAUCUAAAGACGCUCUUUUGAUGCAAAAACUUGGUGAAACCAUCUUUCCUAUGAAGGAAGACUUUAUUAUGGUCCAUUUGCAGCAUGCAUGCACGCAUUGCUGUCUACUUAUGGUGUCUGGAACACGCUGGGUUUGCAACCAAUGCAAGAACUUCCAGCUUUGUGAUAAGUGUCAUGCUGCAGAGCAAAGACUAGAAGAGAGGGAUAAGCAUCCUAUCAAUAGUAGGGAGAAACACAUUCUCACUCCAGUUGAAAUUAGGGAUGUGCCUUCAGAUACUAAAGAUAAAGAUGAAAUCAUAGAGAGUGAGUUUUUUGACACCAGGCAAGCAUUCCUCAGCCUUUGUCAAGGAAACCAUUAUCAAUAUGAUACUCUAAGGCGUGCUAAGCAUUCCUCAAUGAUGGUGCUGUAUCACCUCCAUAAUCCAGCUGCACCUGCCUUUGUAACCACCUGCAAUAUCUGCCAGCAGGAAAUUGAAACUGGUCAGGGAUGGCGUUGUGAAACUUGCACUGAUUUUGAUGUAUGCAAUGCAUGUUAUCAGAAAGAUGGUGGUGUUGACCAUCCUCAUAAGUUAACAAAUCAUCCAUCCAUUGCUGAUCGUGAUGCUCAAAAUCAAGAAGCUCGGCAGAAACGGGUUCAGCAGCUACGGAAAAUGCUGGAUCUUCUUGUGCAUGCUUCCCAGUGCCGCUCUUCUAAUUGCCCAUACCCAAAUUGCCGUAAAGUAAAAAGCCUUUUCCGUCAUGGUAUCCUAUGCAAAACACGAGCCUCAGGAGGUUGCCAACUGUGUAAGAAAAUGUGGUAUCUCUUGCAAAUUCAUUCCCGAGCUUGUAAAGAAUCGAAUUGCCAUGUGCCCCGGUGCAAGGAUUUGAAAGAACAUAUGAGGAGGCUGCAGCAACAGUCAGAAUCCAGACGUAGAGCAGCAGUUAUGGAGAUGAUGAGACAACGGGCCGCUGAAGUUUCAGGCAAUGCAGGCUAACUUUAUGAUGCAGUAAGAUUUUGUAGGUGAAAAAUUGGAUAGAGGUUGAUGCCUUUGAGACACCGUGAGUAAAUGGACCGUUCCAUCAGGUGAAAGCUUGAAUUGAGGAUUCAGCAAAUUCAGAGUCAGGCUAGUUGCCUGUUGUGGUUUGUUUGAUUUCAAGGGGAGACUGGGAUUUCCAUCUUUUUGUUCUUGGUGACAGGAAUGGAGCAGCCAGUCUGGUAGUUCAUUUCGAAGCUAACCAUUUUCGGCCAACCUGCAAAGGUUAUUGAUCAGUCCUGACCUGACAACGGUGAUUCUUUGAUUAGUCCUACAUUAUAUUGCCAUCCAUCGGGGGAUCGCAUUUGUAUUAUAGAUGCCCUAAUUUGUUGAAAUCUAGGAGGAAAGAAAAUUGCUUCUUUAUUUCAGUCCAUGGUAGGGUGGAAGAAGGGGGUGGACAGCCCCAGCAUUUGUCUAAAGUUGACCCCCUUCUGUAAAUUUUUUUUUAUAUAUGUGAUUAGAAAAUAAGUAGCAAGGUUCUCUUUGUGGUAAUUUGGAGGACUGGCAUUUGGUUGCACAGAUGAAAUAUUUUUUUACAGCCACUUAUAGCGCAUUUUGCUUCUCAAAA